UAAAAAUGCUAAAAAGUCAAAAACUGAAGCUGUCAAGUGUCAACUAACACAACCAUAAUUACAUCCAUUGGCAUGUUUCAUUCAAGAUUCUAAAAGAGUUCAAAAAUCUCAAGCCAUUUCUCAACUAGUACAGAGUUGAAAAUCAGAUGAUUUUUCAAGAAAAUAGAAGCUUUGAGUUAGUUUUAGGCCUUUUAGUGUUAAACAUUUUGUGGGUGGGGGCUAAAUCCCAGUGUAGUGAUGAUUGUGAUGCAUUAGCUUCAUUUUACGUAUGGAAUGGUGCAAACCUCACUUUCAUAUCUAAUACUUUUUCAACCACCAUCAAGAAUAUUCUUAGUUAUAAUCCUCAGAUAACCAAUCCAGAUAUUAUUCAAUUCCAAAGCAGAGUUAAUGUUCCCUUCUCAUGUAGCUGUGUUGAUGGGAAAUUCAUGGGCCAUCAAUUUGAUGUGCAGGUCAAGACUAGUACUACUUAUCCGAGAAUUGCUCGUCUUUACUGUUCGAACCUUACAACAGUUGAAAAGUUGCAGGAGUCUAACAGUUAUGAUCCUAACAAUGUUCCUGUAAAUGCAAUAGUAAAGGUUACUGUCAACUGCUCUUGUGGGAAUAGUCAUGUGUCAAAAGAUUAUGGACUAUUUAUAACUUAUCCUCUUCGCCCUGGCGAGAAUUUGGAUACAGUAGCCAAUGAUUUUAAUCUACCACAGCAGUUGUUGGAAGACUAUAAUCCUGAAGCAAAUUUCAGCAGGGGUAGUGGUCUGGUUUUCAUUCCUGGAAAAGAUCAAAAUGGAACUUAUCCACCAUUAAGGACUUCUACAAGCUCAAAAGGAUUUUCAGGUGGAGCAAUAACUGGCAUAUCAGUUGCAGCAGUUCUUGUGGUUGCCCUUUUAGCGGUUUGCGUAUACAUUACCUUUUAUAGAGGCAGGAAAACGGAGGAAAAUCUUAACUUGGAACCUUACAAACACAGUAGUAAUAAGCAUGUUCCUGGUCAAGCAAAUUUUGAGAAUUCUUCAGAAGGAGGAUCUCUUAAUAAGGGUUCUUCUCCAGAGGUCCCGAGGAUUGCUGUGGAUAAAUCUAUAGAAUUUUCAUAUGAUGAACUUGCUAAUGCCAGUGACAACUUCAGCACAGCCUACAAGAUUGGCCAAGGUGGUUUUGCAUCUGUUUACUAUGGAGAGUUAAGAGGCGAGAAAGCUGCUAUCAAGAAGAUGGAUAUGCAAGCAACAAAAGAGUUCCUUGCUGAAUUGAAGGUUUUGACACAUGUUCAUCACUUGAACUUGGUACGUUUGAUAGGAUAUUGCAUUGAAGGAUCCUUGUUCUUAGUAUAUGAAUACAUUGAAAAUGGGAACCUAAGCCAACAUUUGCGCGGUUUUGUUCCAGGUAAGGUACCAUUGCCAUGGUCUACCAGGGUGAAAAUUGCUCUGGAUGCAGCUAGAGGCCUAGAGUACAUCCACGAACACACUGUUCCUGUUUACAUCCAUCGCGACAUUAAAACAGCCAACAUUUUGAUCGACAAAAACUUUCGUGCAAAGGUUGCUGACUUUGGACUCACAAAACUGAUUGAAACUGAAGGUGGUUCGAUGAACACUCGUCUCGUUGGUACUUUUGGUUACAUGGCCCCAGAGUAUGGUCAAUUUGGUGAUGUUUCACCCAAAAUUGAUGUAUAUGCAUUUGGGGUUGUGCUUUAUGAAUUAAUAUCUGCUAAACAAGCUAUUAUCAGAAAUAGUGAAAUUGCUACUGAAUCAAAGGGGCUUAUUGGAUUGUUUGAGGAUGUGCUUAAUGAGGUUGAUCCUAGAGAAGGGAUAUGCAAAUUGGUAGAUCCAAAACUUGGUGAUGAUUAUCCCCUGGAUUCAGUGUGGAAUGUGGCUCUUCUUGCCAAGGCCUGCACACAGGAGAAUCCACAAUUGAGACCAAGUAUGAGGUCAAUAGUAGUAGCUUUAAUGACAAUAUCAUCCACAAGUGCAGAUUGGAACCUUGGUGAAUUUUAUGAGAACCAGGGCCUAGCCCAUCUCAUUUCAGGAAGGUAAUAAAUUCCAAUUGGACUUACAUUGUGUUACUCACAAUCAG